UCCUCCUGUUUUCCUCUCCCUCUCUCUUGCUCUGCCUCUCCAGUAUUUUCUCGGAAAGGCAGAACACACACACAGGCGGCAGGAUGUCGAUCGUCAGCAUCGUUGCCAGGGAGAUCUUGGACUCCCGGGGAAACCCCACUGUGGAAGUGGACCUUUGCACAGAGAAAGGUCUGUUCAGGGCUGCGGUGCCCAGUGGAGCAUCCACAGGGAUCUAUGAGGCCCUGGAGCUCCGAGAUGGAGACAAGAGUCGCUUCAAGGGCAAAGGUGUUUUGAAGGCAGUCGGGCACAUCAACGAUACCCUUGGUCCCGCUCUUAUAGCCUCUGGCAUCAGUGUGGUGGAGCAGGAGCAGUUGGACAACAUGAUGAUCGAGAUGGAUGGCACAGAAAACAAAUCUCAGUUCGGGGCCAACGCCAUCCUGGGAGUGUCUCUAGCCAUCUGUAAGGCCGGUGCAGCAGAGAAAGACGUCCCCCUGUACCGCCACAUAGCCGACCUGGCUGGAAACACAGAGCUGGUGCUGCCAGUUCCUGCCUUUAAUGUGAUAAAUGGAGGUUCUCAUGCAGGUAACAAACUGGCCAUGCAGGAGUUCAUGGUUCUUCCCGUUGGAGCUGAAUCUUUCAAGGAGGCGUUGAGGAUAGGAUCGGAGCUGUAUCACACACUGAAGGGGGUGAUCCAGGAGAAGUACGGCCAGGAUGCUACCAAUGUGGGAGAUGAGGGAGGAUUUGCUCCCAACAUCCUGGAGAACAGUGAGGCUCUGGAUUUGCUGCAGAUAGCCAUAGAGAAGGCUGGUUUCACAGACAAGGUGGUGGUUGGAAUGGACGUGGCCGCCUCAGAGUUUUACCGUGAUGGGAAAUACGACCUGGACUUCAAAUCCCCCCCAGAUCCUGACAGACACAUCUCUGGAGAGGAGCUGGCUGACAUCUACCAAGGCUUUGUCAACAACUACCCAGUGGUGUCCAUUGAGGACCCGUUCGACCAGGAUGACUGGGAGGCCUGGUCCCGUCUGACAGCCCAGGUGGGGAUCCAGGUGGUGGGGGAUGAUCUGACGGUGACUAACCCUAAGAGGAUAGAGAAAGCUGCUGAGGAGCGAGCCUGCAACUGCCUGCUGCUGAAAGUCAACCAGAUCGGCUCCGUUACUGAGGCCAUACAGGCGUGUAAACUGGCUCAGGCUAAUGGUUGGGGUGUGAUGGUCAGCCAUCGCUCAGGAGAGACAGAGGACACCUUCAUCGCUGACCUGGUGGUGGGACUCUGCACUGGACAGAUUAAGACUGGUGCCCCCUGCAGAUCUGAGAGGCUGGCCAAGUACAACCAGCUCAUGAGGAUUGAAGAGGAGUUGGGCGACCAGGCUCGCUUUGCAGGCCAUAACUUCAGGAACCCCAGCGUCCUGUGAAACUGACAGACAAACGAAUGACACACACACACACACACACACACACACACACAACUAACAUACACGAACAAACAUGGAAUGAGUCAUGUACAAUGAAAGAUAACACAGCUUUAUGGAAAAACACAAGCAAAAGAGCUAAGCAAAAAAAAUAAAAUAAAAUAAAAUAAA